AUGCAAACCUUUUGUGAUUAAAAUGAAAUUUGUUAAAUUUGCUUGGAAAUUUAAAAAUAACCUUCCCAAAUCAUAAGCUGUCAACAUUAGUUUUGCAUGUAGUGUUUAAAGGAAUAUUUUUAACAAAAAAUUGAUGAUAAAAAUAUUGAUGAGUUUACUUGUCCACUUUGUUCGAGCAAUGUUGAUGAAAAGUUUAUUUUUGAAAUAAUUGAUAAACCUCAUCAAGAAAGAUAUUAGGAAUAUCAAAACGAAAAAUUUUAAUAUUAAAACGAGAGAAGGGAGAUGAUAAAGUUUUAUAUUAAAAACAAAAAAACCCUUAGUUUAUGUAGAUGUCCUUGGUGUGAAUAAAUCUUUUAUAAAGCUGAUAGUGGAUGUAAUUACAUAAGAUGCCAUUCAGUUGAAUGUUAGGGAAAGAAAACAUUUUGUUCUUAAUGCGAUGUCGGUUUAACUGAUUUUGAUCAUGAUAAGCAUUAUGAAAAUAAUAAUCCAUUCAAAGGGAAAUGUAGAAUAUUAAGAGAUGGUGUUUGGGUGGAUAAAUCUACAGUAUUUAAUUAAAUUCUAUGA